AUGAAGUCUGAGCAAAGCUGUGUGGAGACACCGGUUACUCUCCGGUGGGUCAAAGAUCUGCUCCAAAAACUGGCGCACGGAGAAGAGGAUGCCCCGGAGAAGCAAGACGAGAGCAACUAUGUCGAUUUGGAGUUAGUGGACGUGAACACAGGCGCAAAACCGGAGAAAGACUGUCGCUUUGGUGACAGAAAGCAAAUGUCUGUGCUUAUCAACAGUAGCGCACCCGGAGCUCCGCGCGCAGCGGAACCAAAACAAGAGUUGGCAAUUAAAACUGAGACUGAAACUAAAAAGAAAGAGGAUUCUGGAGUUGGUAAAUAUACAGAAUAUGUCAAGGAGGGUCCCUCUGAUCCACCUUCGUCCUCAGAUCGCCCUCGUCUUAACGCAAAGUCAGAUGAUCGCCCGAAACCAGGAGAUAACAGCGAGCGCGUCAUAACGCUGCCCGAGGUGCCCAAAAAAGAAGACAACAAAAACACACCAGGAGACGAGGAAUUACACAGCAGUGAUAAUUACUGGAGCGGGAGAAGUGAGUCGGAUGAUUAUGAGGAGGAUGAUAAUGAUAGUUUGGUGCUUUGCGGCGACUACGCCCAGUGCGUAACGGAGGACGAGUCCCAUUACAUUACGACGCACGAGAUCCAGCUCUCGGAGCUUUCCGAUCAUGAAGGGGACUACGACCUCGGGGCGGGCUCCUCCACCAGCUGGGACAUUGAGGAUGACAACCAGGUGUACUCUUUUGUCGAUUACGCGUCUUUUGACGCUGAUGGAGCGGCGGGGGAGAGGGGGGACGGCCGCCAGCCGCGCUCUCAGGGCGCAGCAGCAGUCAGCACUCUGCUUGAAAGUGAUCUGUGCGACGCGGCCAAGUUCACCAGCUCAGAUGAGAGUGUGUCAAAGCCACAGCAGCAGCAGUGCAGUGGCAACAGUGCGGGGCAGAUCCACCUGUCAAUCAGAACCACUUCUCGAGCUAUAAAUGACCCUAUCCAAGAACAGGGAAAUAUUCUUUAUCAUGCCAGGCGCUCCGGAGACAUGAGCCGCUAUGUGUUUAGGGGAGUUGAUGGGAAGGCAGAGACGUUGUGUGACAGGGCGAAGUGUUUCAUAGCCGCGCCCGGACGCUUACACUUUGGCCGCAAAUUGAGGGGAAAAGAGGUCACCGGGUACUCCAGCGGUGCGUCCAGCGCUGUCAGCGAGCUGGACGACGCUGACAAGGAGGUGCGCAACCUGACAGCCAAAGCCUUCAAGAGCCUGGCUUACCCUUACUUUGAUGCCAUUAAUUUCAGCACCUCCAGUGAGUCCUCUGCAUCAGAGCAUGGGAUAGGCAUAAACAGGUGGUCCACGUUUGUCGACCUGAAGUAUGGCAAUAUGAAUGUGUCACAGGGACUGGACCAAAGUGUGGUUUCCCAUCAAAACUCAACGGCCUCAUUUGAAAUCGCCAAAAAUGUAGACAAUAGAGGUUAUAAGGGCAUUGCACUGGCAAGCAUCAAACCGCCCACCAGCAAGAUCUUCACUCUGAGUGGCAAUCCCCACGGCGCAUCAUCAUCUACAAAUAAAAUAGAGUUGAUGGGGAAAUUCAGUCCAGGUCACAGUGGGGUGAUCAGACUCACAGAAACUCUGAAUUUUCGUUGCAAUGUCAAAUCAGGGAUGUCUGAGGGAGAAAGACGCACUAACUUUGCACAAAACGCCGCAGGAUCACGUUCCACGGAUGAAGUUACCAACAGUUUGCCAAGCGACCAGAGGAGAGGGGCCAGCCAGCCGCCCUCCAAAACCAUGGAAGACACACACAAGAAAGCCAUAUUCGCCUCGAGCCUGAUCAAAAAUGUGAUUUCUAAGAAGAUGCAGUUCGAGCAGGAGCGCAAGAUGGAACGAGGGGAGAUAAGUGAGCCGCAUCAAACACCUUCUCCGUGCUUUCUGCACCAGGAGAGCGACAGGGGGAAGGGGAGCAGGGAGCUGCACAGACAGAGCUCCAAGUUUUCCGAGAGCAGCUCUGACUACACUAUAAUGUGCUUGGAUGAAUUAGGGGACAUUGUGGACAGCGGCUCAUGUGAUACCAAGAGCGACACUCGGAGACAAGACACGGCCGCUCCCGCACCAGAAACUAAUUUGGAACCGGCAAAUGAAGCUGGAAUCGAUACUAAAAAGGGCACAUUGGAAGCGUCCAAAAGCACGCUGCUUCGCAGCCAAAAUAGCGCAUUCAGAUGCUGGAAGGACGGGGAGAUAGAGUUUCAAAAGGAUAAUAAAAACGAUCAAACUCCAGAGGAGAAGCCGCUUUCAGCUUACGACAAAGAGGGCGAGGGGGAUCAGUACUCAUCGUGCAGCGGCAAUUUGACUAAAAUGUCCCAUUUGUUUGUGCCAAGUAUCCAACUGCUGCCCAGUGACGGAGAGUUCGGACAGCAGCUGCAGAACAGGAAUUAUUCUCCAUGUGGAGACGGAGGAGGGAUACAACUGCGCUCUGACAACACUUUAUACAUCGCAGACUCCAGGAGCGUGACUACAUCUAAAUCUCCGGAAAUUAAAAUUAACUUACGGAGUGUCAGAGACAAUAAAACAGAGGCUUUUGGCGUCUCCAAACUGCGCGCUCCUAAUAUAGGCUGUAACACAUCCAACCUCAUCAGAACAGAUGACUUCAAAUGCCAGGCGCUGGCUGCAGCUUUGAAGGGUGAGUGCUCAGAUAAAGUGCCGCAUUUCAUGGUUAGAGACAUUAGAGAUAAUAAAGGAAAACUGCAGACGCCCAUACACCAAGUGAGAGACGUGCGUAAAUUGGUUAAAAGUUCCUAUCACUUUGUGUCUUUGGAUAACAACGAAAAUAAAUCCAUCUUUGCCUCUGCUGACAACUAUUCAGAGCAAAAGAAGCAAAUGCCCAAUCGAAAUCCUAACUCUGUGUCCCCUAUAGUGAUCAAAUGUCAGUCUGUCAAUACAAAUAGUAACGGUAAACAAUCUGGAAAUCCUAUGGAGUUAUCUAAACCGGAGCCGUUUGACACAGACAGAUCAUCUCCAGAGGGCGCCAAAAGCACUCCACUGCAAAGGGCAACAGACAAAGCACCCAUAGCUAACUCAAAUAAUUCCUCAGAAGGAGACAGUGGAUUGAGAAGUGAAAGCAGAACAGCUUCAAAGAGGCAGGAAAAAAUGUCAGACAUCACAGAUAAGAAACCUGAAUCAAAGAUGGCGAACCAGGGGGCUUUGGAAAAACUCCAGGCUGCUGUGAAAACCAUGGAGCAGCUCUAUAUAUUUGAAAGAAAUGAAUGGAAAAGGAAGAAUAAGCCCGAGCCACUGACAGACAGCCACGUGCUCUCACUGAUAACCAGCGAGCAGCACGCAGAACCUGAGGAGGAAGGAGCGAGGGGGUCCAAUGUGGACAAGAUGCCACCAGCGGUAGCAGCGUCCCCCGGCACUGACAGCCUGCUGAGGCGAGAGGACAAGCUCUUUCAGACUGCCGGCAGCCGUGAUGAAAGGCGGGUUGCUAAGUCAGUGCAAACCACCAGCACCACAGGGAACAAAAACAUGUUCAACAUCAGCUCUAGCCUGAAGGCCUCCGCAAGCGCAAGGACGCCCCAGCCAAAUGCUGUCACACAAACACCCUUCAGCACCAAAAGCUUCGUCCCAAAGUCCCCAAAAUUGCCAGCGUCCUUAAAAAUCAAUCAUACAAAGCUAAGUGCACAUGAGGGAGCUGAAUCAAAGGAGCUAGAGAGGUCCAUGCAGGAGCUCUGGAGCACCUCAGCUGACAACGAGAACUACCUGACCCUUCCGGUCAAGUCUCACGCCAGCAGCAACCAGCAAGCCUCAUCUGCUGAUAAAACACCAGUGUACACCUUUACCACCCAGACAAACCCAGCCACACCUUCAGCACAGUUUGGACCCAGCUUCAGGAGCCGGGAAGACCAUAACCAAUCCCCUAAACGCUCCAGCAUUGUGAUGGAGACACGCUCGCCAGAGAUCCCUCCUGCCACCAUCUACCACUCCUUGCCGUUGGGCAUGUCCACCAAUCAGCCUCAGGUGUACUGUUUCUCCCCGGCAAUCACCCCCGCUCCCACCCUGGACCCCUACCAGGCCACCCAGAGGAAGAUGCUCCUGGAUCCCACCACUGGAAACUACUACUUGGUGGACACUCCCGUGCUGCCGGCCACCAAGCGUCUCUUCGACCCUGAAACAGGCCAGUAUGUGGAUGUGCCCAUGCCGCAACCUCCUAUGACCCCAGUGCCCAUGCCAAUGUCACCGUUGGCCCUCAGUCCAGGGGCAUAUGGACACACCUACAUGUUCUACCCGGGCUUCAUGCCAACACCAUCCGUGAUCCCGGCUAGAACGCUGGUGCAGUCACAGAUGUCGAUGCAGUCAGAGGCUGAGAGCAUGGAGAAAGCCUCGUCGCAGCAGGCUGAGGGCAUGUACAUGGAGAGUCCCUUCUACAUGGCCACUGGGAAGUCUCCCCAGGCCUCCGGGGUUCAACAGCAGGCUGCCGCCAACAGGCCAAUGCAGGGCUUCUCCAGCGUCAAGCAGCCGGUUAUCAGCAUUACCUCCCAACAGGGACCCCGGAUCAUCGCCCCGCCCUCGUUUGACGGCACCACCAUGAGCUUCGUGGUGGAGCACAGAUGAACGGCAGCUUACCUGGACAGGGCUGAACUCUGAAUGGAUGCUGGACUGCUCUGGGUUUUGGCCUCUUCGUUGUGCUAUGUGUAUUUUAUUGGCUGGAGGUGACGGGUCAGCGCCCUUGUAUAAGAGGGCUAAUUUACAUCCAGUUUCUCCUUUUCUAACUUGUACAAGAUGUGUAUAAAGUAUGUAUUUGUUGCUGCGUUUUAUAAAAUCAUAGGCCUAUAUUGACUUUUCUAGGGUAGUAAUCAAUCACACCCUAAAGUGAUCAGGGUUUCAUUCUAAAAAAUCUUUAUUUUUAAGAUCAUGUAGUUUUUGUAAUGUAAUUUUACAACACAUUAUUGCAUAAUUAUUUUUAUGAUGUGUUGGAUUGGUGUCACUACUAUUGCUUCAAAAUGCAUGAAAGUCCGCAUUUACCACCACGUGUUUUGACAUACCUGGAAAUGUUAUAAUUGUAUAAUGAACCUAUACAGUGAUUGACAUCCUAGAGAUCUCUCAUCAUGCACUUCUCCUGCAUUGUUCAUUUCUGAACAUGUUAUAUCACAUUAGAAAAUUUCAUCUAAUGACCACCUAUAGACAGUUUUUAUACAGUAUAUGGAAGCCCUGAGUGGCAAGUCAGAAAAAAUAUUCUGUUGAUCCAUUUUUUAAGCCUGAUCUCAAUUGGUUUCUUUCCUGUGUUUAUGACUUAACACAGUUGACUAAUCAACUUGCCAGAUGAUUUUCUUUUUGUCAGAUCAGUGUUUGUUGUUUUGUUGUACUCAUUUGUACUUAGUGCACAACUAGCCCUUGUUCUAAAUAGGACUCAAAGCAUUCAUGUUUUCUUUCAGGUAUGUUUUAAUUUAUCUUAGCGCCAAUUAAAAUACAUUUCUAACCAUAAUAGAGACACCUAUAGCACAUAACUUGAUAACAUACAAUAAAUGUACCAUGAGUGCAUGGAGAAAUAAAAUUCACCUUGAAGAAAACAUGAAAGAAAACUUGCCAAUACUCUUUUCUUACUGGAAUAUAAAAAUAAAAAAAAAAAAUAUUAAAAAGGUUUAAUAAGGGAGCUUUCUACCAUAGCAGGCAGGGCAAAGAGGGACUUCUAGGAUAACUCCACUGUGUGACCUGUUUGACAUGUAUUUCUAUGUGUAUCACUGUUAGUAAGUCAUUAUUUUGACACUGAUUUAUUGUUUUGUACUUAAAAUUGUUCACAGACUGCGGAUCUGCUGGCCAGUCCAACCUACCCUUCAUUUUAAAUCACCUGUUGGAAAUAUGUUACUUUUCUGUCUUUAUGCUAAGAAACUAGAAAGUCCAGUCUAACCCAACAUCAAGCAUUCUUUUAUAAUAAGUGCAGUAACAAUGAUGCUACUGUUAUAAAGAAUACCCUAUUGAAAAGAUCGUUGUGAAUUGAAAAGUCUAUAAGAAGUGUUCAUGUAUUCAGAUAUUGUACUAUAUUUAAAGAGAUAAACCACAUGGAUUUUAAAGACUGUGUUGUUGUUUUAGUUUGAAUUAUGAUUAUGGAAGUCAGUUUUCUGCCUUCUGAGCUGCUGAAAUGUUGUAAUGUAGAAACUGCUAAGCUGUGAUCACUGUUUUGGAUUGAAAUGUUGCUCCAUCACUUCUCUGACCACAGUCAAUAUAUUUAUUAUGACUGUCAAAAAGUCUAAAAUGCAAGGGCUAAUUUGCCCACAUUACAAAAAACUAAACAAAAAACAAUCUGAUUUGCUCUUACUGGGAGAUUGAUUUUUUUGUGAGCUGAAUUUUAAGGUUCAGUGUGUAACAUUUAAGAGUACCUAUUGGCAUAAAUGGAAUAUAAUAUUUAUUACCUGAAUAUGGGAAUCGUUGUGUUUUUGUUACCUUAGAAUCAAUCUUUUAUAUCUACCGACACUGCAGGUCGCCUUCCAUGGAGUCUGCUAUGUUGAACUGCCAUGUUUCUAAACUUUAGAAAUGUACUUACUUUAGAAUCUAAAGUAGCCUUAAAGGGACAAACUAAACACUGGCUCUAGAUGGAGGCACUUGCAUUUGUUUGCCCUUCACGCUUGGAAGUGAGGGAGUUGUGAUCUGCAAAUGCCACUAAAUCCUAUACACUAGUCUUUCAAAAGAAGCCAACAACACAACACAACAAAAAAAAAAAAAAAUAAAUUAUGUGGAAAAUGGAUUGCUAUAAAGAUUGCUAAUCCAAGUGCAUGGAUUAAUAUACCAAACAACUCCUAAACUGAGUGAACAGCAUAAUCUGAGAUUGAGAAUUAAUAUUUUUUUAAAAAAACUGAAAAACGUGUAAGUGUUAUGGUAAUGUGAUUUGUUAUUUACAGUAAAGUAUGUUUGCUACAGUUGUUAGCCUUUGUUUUCAUUUAGCUGAUAUGACAAUUUAUUAUGUUAUGUUAUGUGACUUCAAAGCAGUUUUUUUCAAAGAUAAUUCCUGCUCUUACUCUUAAUGCCAGAUCCCCGAACCUGUAUAAAAGAAAUUACCCAAACUAUGUGCCCAGUUUAUAGCAAUUUGUUUAUAAAGUUUAUCAGUCUGUCCACUUGGUUCGUCAAUCUGUCUGCACAGAGGCCAAUAUGUUCUUCUACAACAUGACCCCUGGCAAACUGAAGAUGAAGGUUUUUAUUUUCAAUGCUGUGGGCACAACAAAUAAAAUGCCACUCACCUCCUCUGUGUUGGGCUGGAGGCAGAAAUCUCAGUGACAGAUAUCUCUACACCCAGACAAUAUAAAAUCAAACUGAGUGUAUGAGACAACUAGAAGUAAAGGAGAAAAGUGUUUUUUUCUGAUUUGGGUGAAUGAACCCUUUAAAUGUGGUGUUCAUAGAUUCACUAGAUUCACUCACUUCCUGUAUGUUAACUACCAAAAUAAAAUGAUCACAUUAUAUAGUAGAGGUGUGCAAUCCAAGGAAAAAAUAACAUCCUAAUAUUUUCUGGCAAGUUGACAAUAACCUUUUUUAUUAUUAUUAUUCUGUUUCUACCAAUUGAAUGUGAUGUUAAUCUUCCAAAACUGUGUAUGUACAAUUAUGAAUUGAUCCACAAAUAAUCUACUCCAAUGUGCACUUUUCCUUUUAUCACAUUUUAAUAGUUGGUCCCACUGAUGAAGCUAGGUCUCUUGAAUUAUUUAUUCAGACAAAUCCUCCGUUGCCUUGGUUUGUGACUGCAGCAAUACUUUUGUUGAUACAGUUUUUGAGUGUGCAUGGGUAAAAACUUUAUUUUCUUUUACUUCUGCGCAAUCAAGUAAAAAUACAGCUUGUUGUUUAGAGAAAUUAAAAUCUGUGUGUGUAAGUGUAAACACUUUUUUCACAGGGCAAGGCCUGAUUUGAUUCGGGUACUUGCGCAAGGACACUGAAAAGGUUGGUUUGAAGUAAAACAGAUGGUAAAUUCUGUGAAGGUAAAAGAAAGUAGAAUUGUUAUGAAGAGAAAAAGUAAGGACAUUUGUGACUUUUGGAAUGAGGGGACUUUUAUGUGGAAUGAAAUGGUGAAUGCACAUCAGGGACAGGUAGGUUUAGAUGGAUAGAGAGAAAUGAUCUUGUCCAAAGAGAAAUUAAAGCUCAAAUAAAGGCCUAUUUUAGGUUUUUAACUUUGAUGUGUUUUGCCUUCAUGUACAGUGUUGGUUCAAAAUUGUGUCAUAUAAGAGAUGAUUUAUCAGAUGCUGAUGUUAAAUGUUUAUUGUGAAAAUGUAAUAAAUAUGAAACCAUUUUGCAGA